AUGACUAGACGCAGUCGCAGCUUCUCUAGCGUUUGGGCUGCCGAGGACGUGGCUCCUCUUCUUCCCGUGUCAGGGCCCGCGGAAGGUGAAAAGCUCGAUGACUCCAGCAACUGUCGUUCGAAGUUCCUUGUCAGCCGCUUGUGGACAGGGACAAACCCAAGCCGCAGACGCGUUCCCAUCAAAAGACUUGUUCUCGUUCUGAGCGGAUUGCUAGCCAUCGCGUUGCUGGUGACUUCCAGCGCUCUGGGUGGACCAGAGGAAUUUGAAUUGGAUGCAGAGCCCGCCAAGUACAACAAAGCGGGUCUGGCGGAGGCAGCAGCGUGGAGGGCAUCCAUGUCCAGCCUCGAGCAGCCUGCAGCGGCCGUCCAGCGUCUCGGCUGGGAGGCAAGCUUCGACAGAGCACAUCAGAGCUGCUUGAGUCGCUGGGUAGCUGAUGGCGAGCUCUGCGCUGGGUUGGACCUGUCCAGUUUCGGACGCAUCGACGGUAUCUGGACCUGGGUGAAUGGAUCCGAUACGCGGCAUGUACUACAACGCAACGCUACUGUCGCUGAGCUGAUGCGCGACGAGUCUUGGGCAGCAGCUAACAAGCCUAUCUUGGUGAGCCGGGAGGGGUGAUUAGCAGCUUUGCUUCGUACCUGCACUGACUUUGCGUCUCUCACGCAGGAAUCCAUCAAUGACAACGGUCGCUUCCGAGAACACAAUGAGCUGCUCUACUCGAUACGCUCAGCAUUCAAACACCUUGGCACUGGUAUUGGUAAGGUGCACCUUCUUACAACAGACUUUCUGCUCACACCAGAAGCCAUGAAGACAGUCGAGGUGCAAACGCAGACCAAGACCUCAUCAGGAACCUCAAAUCGACUAUUGAAAACGGCUUCGACUGCCCUCGACGUGUGGAGAGGCCUUCGAUCGCAAGCCCAACCAUCGGAGGUUUCUCGCGCCCUAAUCACCUCAAAUCGCGAAGAACAAGUCUCCGAUGUAUUCUUCGACGAGUUUAUGAGGGCUCGAGAUGGGCAAGUUCCGCAGUGGCUCAACCUCUCUCACGCUACUGUUGCGAGCGGCAAUCAGGUGUUUAGCACCUCUGCCGAAGAGCAACUCAAGCGCUUCAGGGUGCACCAUCACUGGUCCAGCUUGUGCCAAACACGAGCCGAGCUCAGCAGCACCGUUCGACGUGACCCUUCAACGCGCGGUGAACUGGACAUUGCGCUUGCUGACGAUCGCACUAGCAUCAGCACCGACCAAAUUGAGCAGUACGCAUGCAGGGUCAAGCGUUUGCAGACGUACAACUCCAACGUCAUUGACUCCAUGCUUGGUGACCAGCCGGGUCUCUCUGACACCUUCUUCUACUCUGUAAGUCAUGACUCCUGCGGGCGUGGCAUGCCGCGCAAUGGUGCAGCUAACAGGCCCGUCAUUUUUGCCAGAAUGACGACACAUUCUUCGGCAACGACAUGAGCAUAGGAGAUCUUGCCACCCCUUUGUAUGGCCCGAUCUUCCGUUUCGAGACCGAGACAGUCGCGCCCAAUUUCGACGCACCCAAUCAAGGUGGAGAGUGGGCCAGCCUGCACUACUCUAGUGCGCUCAUGAGUGAGCGAUUUGGCUACCGCGGGAGAUGGUACCAAGCACAUCAACACAAAGUGUUUGUGGGCCCAGUCUUCAGAGAGGCCAAGGUGACUUGGCGAAGACAACUCGAGGACAGCCAGCUCAGCAAAUUUAGAGCCAAGAAAGAUCUCAACGCUGCAUUCAUCAAGUGAGACCUGGACCUAUCAUGCGUUUUGAUCGAUGCUCGAAGCUAACAUCUCCUCUCGCCGUCUCGAUCUUCCAGCUCGCAAUACCACAGUGAGUUGUGUGUGCAGGCACUUGCCGAUUUCUCACGUCCUGACACCUUCGACCAACCUGUCUCCCCAUAGUCGAGCGUCACAGAGAGGCCCUCCUCUGGGCCUAUUUGGUGGCACGCAUGGAUACGGACGGUGACGGAUUCUACUCGCCAUCGGAAUGGCAGGCCCUGCUUGAAGAGCUGGGCGCAAGCGCAAACACAGAAGCCAAAGUCACAUACCCUCAAAGGACCACCUUGCAAUCCACGACGGGCGAAGACACCUACUCGCGGAAUCUGUUCGCUACUGGCCUCAAUGGAGCUAAAGCUGCGUCGAUCGCUUUUACCAGCGCGGACGGCUACCCUAUGAUUGGCUUUGAGCAGCGCAACAAUGUGAAGACGCCAUUGCCCGAGUACGACCCGAGUCGCUGGCAGAAGAGCAAGUCAAUGGUAGCGUGUCGCAUCGCCCCCAUUUGCUUUGCGCCCUUCGUUGAGCGCGCCAAAAACGAGAGUAUCAACGUCAACGACGUGUUCAAGCGCCUCGCCUUCGAGCAUUGGGGAUGUGGUGAUUGCAGUGAGUCUAAGAUUCGAGACUUUGCGGAAGAGCUUCAUAAUGCUGACAGUCACGUUCGCCCCUUGUGACCACAAAGUUUUGCUCAGUCGUUUACAACAAUCCGGCCUAUCUGGCCUCAGCGGGUUUUUGCCGGGCGACAGUGCAACGAUGCCCGGAGACGUAAACGCGCUGGCCGAAUCAGCUGGUGUCCCACCUCACUUGCCGCUGGUGGACAACUUUCACCACGCAAGCUUUCUGCUGAAGGAUGUGACUGCCGCCACAAGAUGGGCAGGCAGGAGCAGGAGGGAUUUUGCGACUCGACUGAUCGCACGGUACAACUAUGCUAUCACCGUGUCCGACGGUCCCAUCGCCAUCCAAACAUUGACCGACGCGAACAGUACGGACCACAGCCUUGCGCAGAUCGAUGCUCAGAGUCCUUCGUUGUUUUGCCUCAACGAUAACAUCAACCAUGAUGAAGCAUACAUUGCAGACAAGCUGGGUAAAUGGUUCAGCGAAAAGUAUCCUCAAGCGCUUCACUUUGAGCGCGGCUCUUCUGCCUAG